AGAUGGGAGCCAUGGAAGCCAGGAAAGAAAAGACCCACUGAAAUUUGGCUCCCUGUCACGCUGUCGCAUUCAAUGCUUCGAUUGGAACAAACCGACGCGGCACACGGAAACCGCGACUGGUUUUUGAAAGAGCUUGGUUGCUGGGGCUGUCAACUUUUCUUUACAUAAACAUACACAGAAACCGGCCAUGUCAAAUAUUGACCCAGCAGCGGGGGUACCCGUCUCGGAGCCGCCGUCAAAAAGGCGCAGGGUGCACGAUGAUAGCCUCGAUUCCACUCCCCGGUAUGCGUCGCCCGACAGCGAAGAGCAGAACUCUCUGCCCAACACCGGUCACCUUCCCGACCAAAGGCUCUCCAUCCGGCGCGGUCCCCCGAGCAGUCGGUCGCGAAGCAGGAGUAGAGACGGGAACGCCAUGACAGACAACGACAAUGAAGAUAAUAGAAGACGAUACCGUUCCUCGCCGUCAAGAUCUCGAUCAAGUUCUCGCGCGCGGUCGACACCCCGUUCUCGAUCGCAGUCAAGAGACCGUCGACGCUCCCGCAGCGCCUCAUACUCCCGCUCCCGCUCCCGAUCCGCAUCCCACGACCACAGCCGCUCCCAAAGCAGAAGCAGAAGCAGAAGCCGAAGCCUAUCAUCUCCCUCCCACCCGCAACCAACCACCCACGACAAACCCGACCCCCACCACCACCGCCACGACAACCAACCACCCAUCCUCCCCAACUACCACCCGCACCUCCUCCUGCAAGGCCACACGGGCGCCGUCUCGCAAGUGCGCAUCUCGCCCGACGGCCGGUGGAUCGCGUCGGCGUCGGCCGACGGCACGGCCAAGAUCUGGGACGCGGCGACGGGCGCCCACCUCGAGACGCUGGUCGGCCACAUGGCGGGCGUGUCGUGCCUGGCGUGGGCGCCCGACAGCAACACGCUGGCCACGGGCUCCGACGACAAGGCGAUCCGGCUGUGGGACCGCGUCACGGGCAGCCCGGCGCACGCCGUCGCCCACCGCGAGAACACCGCCGCCACCGCGGGCAUGAUGGGGGGGAGUGUGGCGGCGGUGAAGGGGGCCGCUGCGAAAGUGGCGGCGCGGAGGGCGCGGAUGGGGGUGCCUGGGGAGGGGGUUAGGGGCGGGAGGACGGGGCGCGGGCCGCUUUUGGGGCAUCACAAUUAUGUGUAUUGUCUGGCGUUCUCGCCCAAGGGGAAUAUUCUGGCUAGUGGGAGCUAUGAUGAGGCGGUGUUUUUGUGGGAUGUCAGGGCUGGGCGGUUGAUGCGCAGCUUGCCGGCGCAUAGUGACCCGGUGAGCGGCGUGGACUUUUGCAGGGACGGGACGUUGGUGGUGAGCUGCUCGACGGAUGGGUUGAUUCGCGUCUGGGACACCUCCACCGGCCAGUGCCUCCGCACCCUCGUGCACGAAGACAACCCCGCCGUCGCGAACGUCUGCUUCAGCCCCAACGGCCGCUUCGUGCUCGCUUUCAGCCUCGAUAACUCGAUCCGGCUGUGGGACUACGUUUCGGGCUCGGUCAAGAAGACAUACCAGGGCCAUGCGAACAAGGGGUUCUCAAUUGGGGGCUGCUUCGGCGUGCUCGUCGACCAGGACGAUGGGGCCGCGGGGGACCAAAGCGUGGACAAUGACGAGAGCCGGCGGCAGUCGUUCAUAGCAUCAGCGAGCGAGGACGGCGACAUCGUCAUGUGGGACGUCAAGAGCAAAGGGGUGAUACAAAGGAUCAAGGGUGCACACGACGGGGUGUGUUUCUGCGUGGAUGUCCACGGUGGCAUCAUGGUCAGCUCAGGGCAGGACGGGUUCAUCAAGGUGUUUAGACACCGCCCCAGGAGUGGCCCCGUUAAGCGGGAGGAUGGGGAUGCGAACGAAUUCAGUGGCGCCAAUGGGCACUUGGAGGAGGACACGCCUGACGCGGUGGCGGCAGCGGACGAGGAACUGCAACGGCAGGUUGAGGCCGACGCUGAGUCGCCAGGACAGCACGUUAAAGAGGAGCGGUUGUAACCGGUAUGCAACCGGAACGUCUGCUGGAUGGUCUGUCUAGCUGUGGGGUGCAGGCUUUGAAUCAUGAUACCCGUUUAACAGCAAGCAAAUCUUCGUUUCCCGGUCCUCCAUCGUGAUGGGCACGCGUUUAGCGAUGCUGCCCUUUUUGAGC